GCGGGACUACAAGCACUGCCAGGGUUACAGCCACGCAGAGGGGAACAGCCUCCGGGUCCAGCCUCUCGUGGGAAACAUCUCUCUGCACACACAGCCACUCAGAGAGCAGAGGAGCACACACCAGGAGCCACAAUGACAGAACCAACGUCCAAAAAACAGGGGAUCAAAAAGUGUCGGAGUGCCACUUUCAGCAUUGAUGGAUUCAGCUUCACCAUCGUUGCCAAUGAGGGAAUGGAAAACUCCCGCCAUCCACUGGCCCGCUUUGCACGCUCACGGUCCCAGAAUGCACUUUGCACCGCUGUCAAAGCCGGCACCACUCAACCCAAAGAGAUUGACUCGCGCAGCUCCGAGGAGAUCCUGGCUGAUGAGCUGCCCGUCCCUGACUCAUCCGACGCCAUGGAGAAGACUGCUAUCAGGUUGCGAUGUCUCGUGAAGCAGCUGGAGAGGGGGGAGGCCUCUGUGGCGGACCUGAAGAAGAACCUGGAGAAUGCCGCCUCAGUCCUAGAGUCUCUCUACACUGAAGAAACCAGGCGGCUGGUGGACCUGGAGGAUGAGCUGAGUGACAUCGAGUCGGACACGGUGCCCUCAGAGGUCCGGGACUGGCUGGCCUCCACCUUCACCCGGCAGAGGGGUCUGAUGCUGCGCCGCAACGAAGACAAGCCGCGCUUCCGCAGCAUCGUCCACGCAGUGCAGGCUGGCAUCUUUGUGGAGAGGAUGUACCGACGAACCUCCAACUUGGCCGGUCUUAGUUAUCCCCCAAACGUCAUCACUGUGAUUAAGCAUUUGGACAUGUGGUCCUUCGAUGUGUUCGCGCUGAACGAGGCGAGUGGAGACCACGCUCUGAAAUUUGUCUUCUACGAGUUGCUCACCAGAUACGACCUGAUCAAUCGCUUCAAGGUCCCUAUUUCAGCCCUCAUGUCGUUCGUGGACUCGUUGGAGGUGGGCUACAGCAAAUACAAGAAUCCUUACCACAACCUGAUGCAUGCCGCUGAUGUCACACAGACCAUCCACUACCUGCUGCUCAAGACCGGCAUGGUGCACUGGUUAACUGAGUUGGAGAUCUUCGCCAUCAUCUUUGCGGCCGCCAUCCACGACUUUGAACACACAGGAACCACCAAUAACUUCCACAUUCAGACCAGGUCGGACACAGCCAUGUUGUACAAUGACCGAGCUGUCCUGGAGAACUACCACGUCAGCGCGGCCUAUCGACUCCUGCAGGCCGGGGACGAGAUGAACAUCUUCUCUAAUCUUUCCAAAGACGACUGGAGAGAGCUGCGGACACUGGUGGUGGAGAUGGUGUUGGCCACAGACAUGUCCUGCCACUUCCAGCAGAUCAAAGCCAUGAAGGGCUUCCUGCAGCAGCCAGAGACGAUAGACAAACCGAAGGCCUUAUCUCUGCUGCUGCACACUGCGGAUAUCAGCCACCCCGCCAAGCGCUGGGACCUCCAUCACCGCUGGACUACAUCCCUGCUGGAGGAGUUCUUCAGACAGGGGGAUAAAGAGGCAGAGCUGGGUCUACCUUUCUCUCCUCUCUGUGACCGCAAAUCCACUUUGGUGGCCCAGUCCCAGAUCGGAUUCAUUGACUUCAUCGUGGAGCCAACUUUCACCGUGCUGGCGGAAAUGAUCGAGAGGAUUGUGUCACCGCUUAUUGAGGAGGCCGGCUUAAGAAACUCUAGUGACAACAGUAUUUGCUGCAUCGAUGGAAAGCAGUCCAGUGUGAAGAGUACGGGCUCAGAGGGAAGCUGCUCUCUGACCACCGUGGACUUCAAGAGCUUCAAGGUCACGUGGAACCAAGAGAUCCAGCAAAACAGGGAGACAUGGAAGACCCAGGCAGACAAAGAUCUGAAAGAAAAGACCAAGAAGGAGGGAGAGGACGGCGGCAAGCUGGAGAAGAACACAGAGGAGGAGAAACAGUCGAGACCCAACACAGGACAGGAGGAGAGCAGGAGGCAGCAGGGGGAGCCAACGCCUAAAGAGGAUGGAGGAGACAAUCAUUCAGGUGCAGGAGCUGAGUGCACCGACAGGAAGAAACCUGAAGGCCACACAGACAAGCAGCAGCACAAUGGCCGUCAGCCUGAGUGUCGUCUGAUUCAUUACUGCAAGAGACCCAGCUACACUGCCAGCUCCUACCGGCUGGUCAGGUCAAAGGUCACGGAGAUGCGGCCCAUUGAUGCCCGGGGGAAAGCCCGGAGACUGCAGCGCAUCUCCCUGCGUCGCCGAAAGUGACCUUAAAGUGCAUCAGCGUGAUGUCACAUCAUUAGAUAUAGUCACGCGAUGAUGGGUCUUUGUUAAUAUUUGCAUACAGCCUGUGUUUCAGCAGAUCUCCUGCUGGAUUUGAAUCCUGUAUAGGUAACUGGUGUAUUAACCCCCCCACCCCGCCCUCGUUUGGAUGUCUCUCAACUUAAUUACUUAUUUAGGAAAUGCUCCUAAAAGUACGACUUUUGCUAAAUACAUUUUAGUGUCGAAUGUAUUUCUGAUUAUGUAGGUGUAUUGAUAAGAAUGAUUUAGAUUUCAUUUGCUUCCCCCUUUGUUUCCACUGCUUGUCUUACUCCUCUUGAAACAUUCAUGUGUCUUGUUGUAAUUUAACUCAGUCUCAGUGUGAGUUUUUGCCAUGAUUGUUUUAUAUUUAAGGCUUACAGGGUUUAUUACAUGCUGAAUUGUCUCAAACGAUCAUGUUGUUCUAACUUCUCAGAGUGUUUCCGGGCAAAACCGAUGCAGAGCUCAGUUUGUGUGCUUUCUGCAAAAAAGCCCUCCACGUUAUUGAAGAGUUAAAGAGUGAGACAUAAAGCCAAACCUGAUGACAGGAGUGGUUAGUAUUAUACUUUAAAUGCUGCACGUUGAUUUAAAAACUGGUUAUAUAACGAACACAGUGGAUUGAUAUUUUUACAUGUGAGAACUGUGUAGGAUUAACUACUGAAGUGUUGAGCUGCAGGGUGCACAGUAACUGAGGGGCAAAGGAACUUAUUAUACUUUUCACUUCAAUACGUCUUGCACCAGA